AUGGGAUUUCCUGGAAUGCUGGUGCAUUGGGUAUGGACAGGAUGCCCUCCCUAUUGGGUCGGUCAUUAUAAGGGUCAUUACGCAAAACCAACAGUGAUCCUUGAGGCCGCUGCUUCUUAUGAUUGUUGGAUACGACACACUUUUUUUGGUCACCCAGGAUCUCAAAACGAUAUAAAUGUUUUACACAAAUCGCCUUUGUUUGAAGAUUUAAAGUAUGGAAUUUCUCCUCAGCUAAAUUUCAGUAUCAACGGGAAUCACUACACUCAUGGUUAUUAUCUCGCAGAUGGAACGUAUCCAAAAUGGUCAACUUUAGUUCAAUGUUACCGUCGGCCACCUGCCGGUGAAAUGGGUUAUUCAUACUCGUAUUUCAAUAGUAAACAGAUGAAUCUGAGAAAGGAUGUGGAGCGGGCUUUUGGAAUUCUGAAGUGGAAGUUCGCAAUCGUUUGUGGGCCUUAUCGUAGUUUAAGUGCUCGUGAAAUGCAUAAGACUAUGCUGACUUGCAUCAUUAUGCAUAACAUGGUUAUCCAGGAGACUUGUCGUAAUAAGAAUUGGGCUAACCAUCAAGAUGACGACUUAAGGCCUGAGAUUAUACCAGCUAGAGUAUUACCUGCAAGGAACUAUGCGCAAAUGACCAGUCAUAUCGAGAACAGAACUCUGUAUAACAGGUUGAGGGAAGAUCUCAGAGCGAAUCUGUGGGCUGAGUUUGGAAGAGAUGGGGGACGAAUUGAGUAG